GCACACAACACAAAGACCAAUCAAACGAGAGGAGCAAGCAGCCAGUCCAGUGGUCGGCGAGUCGGACACGCCUGAACCCUCCGUUUCCGACUCGUCUCCGCAUCGCGCGAGGCGGUCGUCUGCGGCGCACGAUGGCGGCGGCAGCGGCUCGGGUUCCCCCGGUGGCGGCGGCGCGGGUGGGGCUGCUGUACGACGAGCGGAUGUGCGCGCACGCGACCCCGGACGGGGAGGAGCACCCGGAGAACCCCGAGCGGCUGCGCGCCAUCUGGCGCAAGCUCAACGCCGAGGGCAUCGCGUCCAGGUGUGUGGCCCUUAAGGCAAAGGAAGCCGAGGACAAGUACAUAGCUUCUGUUCAUAGCAAGAACCAUAUAAAGCUGAUGAGGGAAAUCAGCUCGAAAAAGUAUGAUUCCAGCAGAAACAAGAUUGCUAGGAAAUUCAAUUCGAUUUACUUCAACAAGGGCUCCUCAGAGUCUGCUUUACUUGCAGCUGGUUCUGUCAUAGAGGUAGCUGAGAAGGUCGCUGCUGGUGAGUUAAGUUCUGCUAUUGCUCUAGUCAGACCUCCAGGCCACCAUGCAGAACAUGACAAGGCAAUGGGAUUUUGCCUCUUCAACAAUGUGGCAGUUGCAGCUAAUUAUCUCUUAAACGAGAGGCCCGAUUUAGGUAUCAAGAAGAUAUUGAUUGUCGAUUGGGAUGUUCACCAUGGAAAUGGCACACAGAAAAUGUUUUAUAAUGAUCCUCGUGUAUUGUUCUUUUCAGUUCACAGGUUUGAUUAUGGAAGCUUCUAUCCUGCUCAAGGGGAUGCUUCUCAUUGUUUUAUUGGGGAAGAAGCUGGCAAUGGGUAUAAUAUUAAUGUACCCUGGGAGCAUGGGAGGUGUGGUGAUGCAGAUUAUAUUGCUGCAUGGGACCAUGUACUGCUUCCUGUUGUUGAAGCUUAUGAUCCUGAUAUAAUACUGGUGUCUGCUGGGUUUGAUGCAGCACUGGGUGAUCCUCUUGGUGGCUGCUGCAUCACUCCAAAUGGAUAUGCACUGCUACUAACAAAGCUGUUAGGAUUUGCUCAAGGAAGGAUAGUGAUGGCCCUUGAAGGAGGUUAUAACCUUAGGUCCAUAGCAUAUUCAGUUUUUGCUUGUGCAAAAGUUUUGUUGGGAGACAAAUUCACAUUUAAUUCUCCAGAGAUGCCGCCAUUCGAAUCUACAUGGAGAGUUAUACAAGCGGUACGCAAUGAAUUGAAGACAUGCUGGCCUGUUUUGAGUAGUAAGCUGCCAAAGAAUGUAACAUUGAGGAUUGGGCCUUCACCGAAUGAUCUCUACGCUUCCUCUGGUUGUGAGUCCGAUGGCGAAGAUGUUAAUGAGCUCUCUGGUGCUGUUUCAUCCGUCAAUAUUAUUCAAGUUGCUGAUGAUGCUGUAAGUGAGCGACUCUCAAAAAUGAAACUUGAUGAAGACAACCAUGCAAUGAAGGCUACCUCAAGUUGCUCAACAGCAGAGCAACAGCAACAUCCAACUGAUUCAGUUGGAGCACAUAAUGAUGCAUCUGUGGUGGUAUCCAAAAGAAUAUCCGAUCUAUCUGUCACUUGGCGAUCAGUUUUAUCAAGAACUUAUGUUUGGUAUUCCAGCUUUGGUUCAAACAUGUGGAAGCCAAGGUUUAUGUGCUAUAUUCAAGGGGGAAAGGUUGAGGGUAUGAGUAUACCAUGUUGUGGAUCACGUGACACAAGCUCACCAAGAGGAACCAUGUGGAAGACUGUUCCUCACAGGUUGCUUUUCGGUAGAUCCUCUACCCCCUGUUGGGGCACUGGUGGUGUUGCUUUUCUCAACCCUGAGAUAAAUUACAAUGAGAAGUCUUAUGUCUUCAUGUAUAAAAUAACGCUUGAGCAGUUCAAUGAUGUCUUGUUUCAAGAGAACCGUUUAGUGCUGGAGAGCAGCAAAGAUGGAAACAUUGAGUAUCCUGACUCUCCUUUGAUCGGUUCAUCUGAAAUGGAGUUUAUGUCUACAAACAAAGCUCUUCAUCUUGAACCUAUUAAGGAUAGCUGGUACUCGAAUGUACUUUAUCUUGGAAAGGAGGAUGACCUUCCAAUUCUUAGUAUGACAUGCCCCUCGUCAGAUAUCGAGCGGUACAAAUCUGGUGAGCUACCAUUAUCACCUCCCUCGAAGACCUACGCUGCCACUCUGAUAAAGGGGCUUGUGGAAGGGAACCAGCUAGAUGAAGCCGAAGCCGCCAGUUACAUCAAUGUUGCAGCUGCAAGAGGCUUGUGAAGGCCGCUUCACCAUGUGUUCUGUACAGACAAUAGGGAGGGAUUGCUAGGUGUGUAAAGAUACCAGCUUGAUUGGGAACUAGGGUUGCUGUCUAGGGUUCAUUAUCCGCAAAUGGAGAAUCUGGAUCCGAUUUGAACUGGGCAGGAUCGUUGGAGCCUGCCCUUAGCUUGAUCAUUGGUGCUCUCCCUGCAUUGUUUAGUUGAGGGGUUGAGAAACACGAGUGGCGAAGUUGCAGCAGAUGCAACGCUGGUGCUUUGUCUAACGUAUUUGGCACGGUAUGCCCGUGAAAUUGUUUCUGCUGGUGUUGCCCAUAGCUUCCUGAUGAAAGGGAGGCCUAUUGUUACUAUUGUUUUGGUGGUGAA